GGUUUGAAAUUCGAAUGCAAAAAUAGCUCGGUUUCUGAGUGUUUUUGAAAUUUGAGUCAUGGAAACAAACACAUGCUCAAUUUUUAUCCUAUGCUUGACAAUGGCAGCAAUUCUGUUCCCACAUUGUGUAGAUGCAAAAAGAACAAUAGGCGUAGCCAAAGUCUCCAAACAUACAACAAGUUCAAGCUCGGUCCUGAAGCGCAGAAACAAAUUGGAAUUCAUGAGCACAAUAAUGAGCCUAGUGACUGAUCAGGCCACGGAUUCCUCAUCUAAUAUGCAAACUUAUGGUGUAAGCUCUCCAUUUUCUUUGCCGCCUUUCGACUCACUAUCACCAAUUUCAUUGCCGGAAACUCCCUCCUGUGUUUAUCCACCUUUUACACCUCAAACACCCCCUACAACCGUCCCAGCUCCUGGUGGAACCACCACAGCCCCACCAUUCUACUACCUCCCACCAGUUUUCCCUGGCCAAAGCCCACCAAGUCCACCUGGAUCUGUAACCCCAAAUCCACCAGUGAUAACACCUAACCCACCUGAAACAGUACCUAGCCCAACAACUUACAUUCCAAGCCCACCUUAUUACGAGCCAAGUCCACCAGAAAUUGUCUUUCCAAGCCCACCAUCUUACAUUCCAUCACCCUCUGGCAUUAUCCCUAGUCCACCAGUGUUCCUCCCGCCAAUUGUAUACCCUCCACCAACAGUGCCACCACCACCUCCAAGUACGGCACCGAGCACGCCCCUUUGGUGCGUGGCAAAGCCAACGGUGCCCGACCCAAUCAUUCAAGAAGCCGUGAACUAUGCUUGUGCAGCCGGAGCAGAUUGUGACUCAAUCCAGCCAAAUGGAAAAUGUUUUUUGCCCAACACAUUAUAUGCACAUGCUUCUUAUGCCUUCAAUAGUUACUUUCAAAGGUCCAAAGUCGCUGGAGGCACGUGCGAGUUUGGAGGCACAGCUAUGCUUGUCACAGUUGAUCCAAGCUAUGAUGGUUGCCAUUUUGAGCUCUAUUAAUUGGCAAUGACAGAGCACUCUUGGAUGCAGGCUCAGAGAUAUAAAUUAAUCUCUUGGGA